AUGUACCGCGGCCUCGACCGCGACGUCUACCAAAUCGUCCUCAAGCUCGAAGCCGAAGGCAGCGAGGAAGGCACUGCUUCCGCACGAACCCGCCGACUCACCGUAGGCUCGGUAUACGACAGCAUCAAACGGUCCAAUUCGAGUCUCGCGCGUUCCAAGAAGCGGCCCCUGGAGGAAUCCAUCGAGCGCGUGCUGGCUGCACGCAGAGACCAGGCCAGGGCUGACGAGCAAGAGGACUCGGACGAUUUGUUGGAGGUGCAGGAGCAGGAACGGAUUAAGGCGGCUAAGGCGGAGCGGGAUCAGAAUUUGUUGAAUCGGCAGAUUGCAAAGUCUUGGGGGUUUGGGGGGGGUGUGGUGGAUAGGAGUGCUGCUGCUGGUACUGCUGGGACGACUGAUUCAUCUGUUGCUACUGUCACGCCUGCGACAACACCGGGCGCACAACCACCACCAGAAAACAUCCCCUCAUCAACCCCAACCGCCAUGGACAACACAUCCGGCGCUCCCGCUGCAGCUGCUGCGGCCGCAGACAGACAACCCAACGGCGAGCCACGCCCCAAAAAGCGCAAACUCCCCAAAGAAAUCGACCGCAGCCCACCAACCGGCGUCUCCAUCCUCGACAUCGCCGGUGUAGACGACACCCUAGACCGACUCCUCGACGAAGUCUGGUUCCCGCUAUGCGCGGGCGAAGCCUGUGAGAAGAUGGGUUACCGAUACGACAACGGCGUGCUACUCCACGGCCCGUCCGGGUGCGGCAAGACCACCCUGGCACACGCCGUGGCCGGCAGCGUAGGCGCUGCGUUUAUUCCCGUUUCGGCGCCGUCUGUGGUGGGGGGCACGUCCGGGGAGUCGGAGAAGAAUAUCCGGGAUGUGUUUGAUGAGGCCAUUCGGCUGGCGCCGUGUCUGGUGUUUUUUGAUGAGAUUGAUUCAAUUGCGGGGCGCCGGGAGAGUGCGAAUAAGGGGAUGGAGAGCCGGAUUGUGGCGGAGAUUAUGAAUGGGAUGGACCGGAUUCGGCAGCAGACGCCGCUGGGGAAAAAUGUGGUUGUGCUGGCGGCGACGAAUAGGCCGGAUUUUUUGGACCCGGCUAUUCGUCGCCGGUUUAGCUCGGAGAUUGAUAUGGGCAUGCCGAGCGAGGUGGCUCGGGAGCAUAUCCUGCGGUCGUUGACGCGCGAUCUGAGUGUGGAUGAGGAUGUGGAUUUCCGGUUGUUGGCCAAGAUGACGCCGGGGUAUGUCGGGAGUGAUUUGCAGUAUGUUGUUAAGGCGGCUGUGUCGGGGAGCUGUCGUGGGAAACUUGAUGAUCUCUUGCGGAAAGCUCGCGCUCAGCAGCGGCCAACUGAGGGGGAACUAGGGAGACCAGGAAGAGAAUCAGAAGCUGAAGGUGGAGAAGAAGAAGAACCAAACGAAGAACGAAACCGUCUCACGGCCGCCUCCCAAAAGCAGCGCGACUGGGUCCUCCUAGAAGACCACCGACGAGCCCCCUGGGACGAAAGCCGCAUCACCAUGUCCCAAUUCCAAGCGGCCGUCUCCCGCGUCCAACCCGCCUCCAAGCGCGAAGGCUUCAGCACCAUCCCCGACACCACCUGGGCACACGUCGGCGCCCUCGGCCCCGUCCGCAAAAAGCUCGAGAUGUCCAUCGUCGGCCCUAUUAAAAACCCUGACCUCUUCGCCCGCGUCGGCAUCAAACCCGCAGCCGGCAUCCUCCUCUGGGGCCCGCCGGGUUGCGGCAAAACCCUCGUCGCGAAAGCCGUCGCCAACGAGUCCAAAGCCAACUUCAUCUCCAUCAAAGGCCCAGAGCUCCUCAACAAAUACGUCGGCGAAUCCGAGCGCGCGGUACGCCAGCUCUUCGCGCGCGCCAAGUCAUCCGCCCCUUGCAUCCUCUUCUUCGACGAGAUGGACGCACUCGUCCCCAAGCGCGACGACUCGCUCUCCGACGCCAGCGCCCGCGUCGUCAAUACUUUGCUUACCGAACUCGACGGCGUCGGCGACCGGUCGGGAAUCUACGUCGUUGGCGCUACCAACCGCCCGGAUAUCAUCGACGAGGCUAUCCGUCGCCCCGGCCGGUUGGGUACCAGUAUCUAUGUCGGCUUGCCCUCGGCCCCUGACCGCGUUGAGAUUCUUAAAACGCUGUAUCGCAACACUGUUGCCAAGGCGCGUCGGGGGCGGUCGCUGCCGAAUACUCAUACCAAUACCAACGGUGGUGGGAUGGACAUCGACAUGCUCGACGCCACAUCUACCAACACCAUCACGAACAAGACAUCAUCACCCCCCGGCACCACCGAAGCCGACCUGGAACGUGUCGCCCGCGACCCCCGGUGCACCGGCUUUUCCGGCGCCGACCUCGGCAGUCUGAUGCAAGCUGCUGCGCAGGCGUGUCUCGAGCGGGCUUAUCUCCAGGGGGCGUUUUCUUCUACUUCUACUUCUACUUCUACUUCUGAUUCUGAUACUCCCAGUAAUGUUGGGGGAGGGACAGGCACGGGAGCGGGAGUGGUGGAACCGGCGAUCUUGCCGGAGGAUUGGGAACGGGCGUUGAGUGAGGUGAAGCCGAGUGUGAAGGAUCCAGAGAUGUAUGCGUUAGAUAAGUAG